CCAAUUUAGUACUAAAAAGGACCCACAUUCACAACUAAAUGAAAUUACUCGUAUCCCCCCAAAAUCCACCCCAUCCACAUCCACUCACUAUAAAUCUUCAUACUUUCUUCCUUAAAAUCUUUGCUUCUUGCUCAACCCUCGCUAUCUUUCUCUCUCUCUCUCUCUCUCCUACAAUUUGCAACCACCAACUAACGCUUCUCUUUCUCUCUCUACUUUCUCUCUCUUCAAAACAAUAAGCAUGACUUCCUCUGUUAUUACCUCACAAAGUGUAAUCUUGACAACUGCCAUGGCAGUUUCAGGAGCUGUAAUCUUGCUUUCUCUUAAUCGAAUUAGAAAUUUACCAACAACCCAUCAAAAUUCAUCUUCUAAUUCUCAAACCCAUCUUCCUCCUUCUUGUUUACGAUCUUGUUUAUCAUCUGAUGAUAAAAAGAAGAAAAAGAAGAAGAAAAGGGUUAAAUUUGCUGAUAAUGUUAAGGAUCAUAAGAGUGAAUUAGCCAAAAUGAUUAGUGAGAAAAAAGAGAAGAAAGUUGAGAUUUUUAAUGGUGAUAAAAUUUCAGAAUUUCGUCGAAUGCCAGCAAAUCGAGCUGCUCUAUACCAAGGAAUUUUGAGGGAUAGAGUUCAUCGAAUUUAAUGUUUUUAUCAUUUUAAUUUCAAGUUUUAAUUUUUAGAUUUAAUCUUAAUUAACAACCUUUAAUUUUCUUUUUUUCUGGGAAAAGUAAGUUUGUGAGGUACAUAUACAGCCACAGCAAAAGCAAACAGUUCAAGUUGGAAUUUUGUAUAGUUGAACUGUAAUUUGCAUUGAUAAAUAUUACAAGUAGUUUUUUUAGUUUAUUUA